AUGAAUGAAAAGUCACAAUUGCCAAUCCACAGAAGAGUAGCUUCCGAAACAAGCGAGUGGAAACGAUUACUCCGCACUUGGGGUAUUGUCACAUUCUGUUCACUUUGCAUCCUUAGCACCUACUUAUCACCUACAUUCUUCAAUUAUUGGUUCACCCUAGGUGGGCAACCAGAUAAUCCUGAUGGUCUUUGUCCCCUUGUUCCCAAAAUCAAUCCCAUUGAAGAUAUCAACAACCCCAAAACACUCAAAAAUAUUCUCCAUGAAGAUAAAUUCCACAAACAAGAACGUGAUCGGUUACUAGGAGCAAUUCAAGUCCCUACUGAAGUGUAUGAUGACAUGUUGACUCCAAAUUCAACAACUACCUUGAAAGAAUUGCUCAAAUUGGAACCCAGAUGGAAACCAUUUCUCAAGUUUCACAAGUACUUGGAAAAAACGUACCCCUUGGUGCAUAAACAUUUACAAGUUGAGAAGAUUAAUCAUUUGGGAUUGGUGUACACUUGGAAAGGAAAGCAUGACGAUAAGAAACCCAUUAUAUUGGCUGCUCAUCAAGAUGUUGUGCCUGUUCAAAAAGCCACUGUUGAUCAAUGGACUUAUCCUCCGUUUAAAGGUGGAUACGAUGGGAAAUAUCUUUAUGGAAGAGGUGUGUCUGAUUGUAAAAACUUGCUAAUCGGACUCCUCUCUACCAUUGAGUUACUAUUACAGAACAAGGAGUUUCACCCAAAAAGAACAAUUAUUUUGGCAUUUGGUUACGAUGAAGAAAGCGCAGGAACUGGAGCGGCUGAGAUUGCCAAGCAUCUCCUAGCUCGGUAUGGGCCCGAUUCCAUCUUGCAAAUCAUUGAUGAGGGGAACGAAUCAUUUGAAGAGGUUGAAGGAUUGAAAUUGAUCUUACCAGCAACUGGUGAAAAAGGAUACUUGGACUCUGUGAUUGAAUUGUAUACACCUGGUGGUCAUUCAAGCGUACCUCCAAAACACACAUCAAUUGGAAUCAUGGCUCAAUUGAUUACUGAGAUUGAAAACGAUGCAUUUCUGCCCCUACUCACUCAAGUUAAUCCAAUAAUGGGUGAGCUCUUUUGUUUAGCUGAACAUAGCCCCACUUUGAACCCAGAUAUAAGACGCAAUAUCUUGAAAGCUCAAGUUGAUGCCAAUGCAAACAAGAAAGUUGUCGAAUACUUGGAUGCAAACUUGGAUACAAAAUAUUUGAUCACCACUUCCCAAGCUAUCGAUGUUGUUGAAGGUGGAGUCAAGUCAAAUGCGUUGCCUGAACAUGUAUCGAUGUUGGUCAACUCAAGAAUCUCAGUUGAAGAAUCAGUACAGGAUGUCAUUGACAAGUAUCAAUUCCAUAUUAAAGCCAUUGCCCAAAAAUUCAACCUUGGUCUCAUCUUGAAUGGGGAACAAGUGAUUAAACCAACAAAUCAAGGAUAUUUUAAUUACUCACUAGUUGAGCCAUUGGAACCAGCACCUGUGUCUCCUAUUAAUGGCGAAAGUUGGAAUUUGUUUGGUGGUGCAUUACGAUACUUGUAUGAAGACUUGGUGUUCCCCAAGCUGAAUGAUACAUUCGUCGUGGCACCAUUCUUAUCUACGGGAAACACCGAUACUAAAUCAUAUUGGGACUUGAGUAGAAACAUCUAUCGAUACCAGCCUGGUUUGCCUAAUAGCAAAAGUGGUAUUCAUUCAGUUGAUGAGCGGUUAGUAUUUGAAGGACAUUUCCAUAUCAUUGCCUUCUAUUACUACUACUUACAAGUCAUAGAUAAAGCUGAUGAUGCAAAAUUUUAA